AUGCAUCACUCAACAAUACCAGAAGAACAUACAUUUAAACGUCAAAGUGAUUCAGUUUAUGUUCACGGUGGAAAAUCACGGUCAGAAACUAAUCUUGAAGUAACUACGAAAAUUAGAGGACAAAUAAAACAACUCGAAAAGAAAGAACAAUGUUUAUUUGAUGAAGAAAAACAGUUAAAACGAUACAUAACGAACGCACAUUCGACAUGUGCCAAUCAGCGUAAACUAUUGGAACAGUUUGAGAUUCAAUUGAAUGAUGAGAAACGAGUGAGCAAUGAAAUGGAAAAAGAAUUAGAUUCGCUCAAAAGACAACUAAAUUAUUUAAAACGGAACGACAAUGACAUGAAUAUAAACGAACGAAACUAUCUACAGUUAUCACUGGAAGCACUUGAUCAACAGAUUCAAAUAACUCGUCAAAAGUUGUCAGUAAAUGAUCGAAAACACACAUUGCCUGGUAUUAAAUCGAAUGAUACAAAACAAGAAAUAGAUUCAACUGAAAGUAAAAUUCAUGAUGUCACUACUAAAAUUCAUGAGCUGUUGAUAAAAAAUAAUCGUUUAAUGGAUCAACAAAAGAAAAUAUCGGUUAAAAGUCAUCUAGAUUUAUUAACUGCAAUGAUUGAACAAAUCAAUAUGAUAUUACAAACAACGCUGGAUGGGCAAUUAUUAAGUACUCGUCAUCUACAACAAUUUAAGAAUAUGUUACUGUCAAAUCAAGAGCAGCUAGCAGCACUUCGAAAUGAAGUAGACGACGAUAAUGAUCAAACAACAAGAAAUUUUCAAAAACUCCAACGUCUUCAAGAGCAACUUGGCUUGUUGCGUGUAAAAAUGCAUGACUUGGAACAUCACAAACGUAUGGAGCGAGAAAAAAACGAUAAUGCACAAGAAGUAAGUACACAAAUUGGUGCAUUACAACAACAUCUUGAACGACUAAAUGAUCAAAGACAGCGUGUGAUCAAAGAAAUAGAAUAUAUCGAACACAAAAUUCAAGUUAAAAAAAACGAAAUAACAACAUUUAAUAAUCAUAUGCAACAAUUAAUUGAUCGAAUGAAACUAUUGAGAACUGAUCUUGAGCACUCGGAAAAUGAAGCAAAACAAGCGGAAACAAAUUUAAAAGAGGUUAGAGAGCAAUUGCAACAAAUGAAUCAACUAUUACAUGAUAGUGAACGAAAAUUGCGUGAACUCAAUGAAACAAUGGUGAAAUCAACCGAGAAAAAUUUUCAACGAUUUUCACCUACUAAUAGUAGAAACUUUGAGACAUAUACUACUCAGAGACGUGAUGAUGACUUGGUUAGAAGUUUUGAAAUAAAGAAUCAGCAACGAAACACUGAUUUUAGCAGAAAUUUUGAUCAUCCAAUGAAUCAACAACGAAGCACUGAUUUUAGCAGAAAUUUCGUUCAUCCGAUGAAGGAACGACGAGAUUCGAGCUUUGAUAAGAGUCGUACAAGAAUUUAUACAUCGGUUAAUUAG